GUCACAUGACAGCACAGUAUCAUGUUUUCAUGUAGUGGUAGGAUUCGUUUUUAAACUCACUUUCAUCCCUCGUCAACGGUCAGCGCAGUAUUAUCAUUAGUAGUAGUAAGAGGAGGGAACUCCCAGUAUUAACGUGUCAACAUGGCUGGUUGUGUUCGAGUUUUAAUAUCGCGGACAGGAUCUCCAUGCCAUACAUUGCUGUGCAAGUUCCGAACAGUGAAGUACAAAAUACAGCGUCGUGAUUUGAGUUUGACUUCAUCUCGACAUAGCUAUGAUGAUGCUUUCCGAGAGUCGAUCAAGCGGCCCGAAGAGUUUUGGGGUGCCGCAGCUGAGGCACUGACUUGGCAUAAGAAGUGGAACAAGGUUUUGGACAACUCAAAUGCCCCAUUAACGAAAUGGUUUGUUGGAGGGGAGUUAAGCACCUGUUACAAUGCUGUAGACAGACAUGUGGAAUCUGGACGAGGAGAGCAAGAUGCGAUCAUACAUGACAGUCCUGUCACCAAGUCUAUCACACGAAUGACCUACAGGGAGCUACAAAAACAGGUGUCUGCUUUAGCAGGUGUGCUAUCAAAACAUGGAGUCGCAAAAGGGGAUCGAGUCUUGAUUUAUAUGCCGAUGAUACCACAAGCAGUUGUAGCUAUGCUUGCCACAGUGCGUCUUGGAGCUAUCCAUUCCCUAGUUUUUGGAGGAUUUGCAUCAAAAGAAUUGUCUGUCAGAAUCAACCAUGCUCAGCCAAAAGUAGUGAUCAGUGCCAACUGUGGUGUGGAACCAGGUCGAGUGGUGCCCUACAAACCUAUGCUGGAUGAAGCUUUAGCAAUGAGUGAUUACCAGCCCUCUACCUGUAUUAUCUACAAUAGGCCAGAAUUCGACUCAGCACCACUGAAACUUGACCGAGACUUAGGCUGGGAAGAGGAAUUGGAUAGUGCAUCACCUGUUGAUUGUGUACCUGUUGAUGCCACAGACCCUGUCUAUCUUUUGUACACGUCGGGUACCACUGGGUUGCCUAAGGCAGUAGUGCGGCCCAGUGGAGGACAUGCAGUUGCGCUCAACUGGUCUAUGUACAAUAUAUAUGGUGUGAGACCUGGGCAGGUCUGGUGGGCAGCUUCUGAUCUAGGAUGGGUGGUUGGCCACUCCUACAUUGCCUAUGGUCCAUUGCUGCAUGGGAACACAACAGUCAUCUUUGAGGGAAAACCAGUGGGAACACCUGAUCCAGGAACAUAUUUCCGUGUUAUUCAUGAGCACAAUGUUGUGAGCAUGUUUACUGCUCCAACUGCCCUUCGAGCCAUCAGAGCUGAAGAUCCAGAGGGAGAGUAUGCAAAGAAGUUCCUGCCAUUGGACAGCUUUCAGGCAAUGUUUGUAGCUGGUGAGCAUUGUGACCAUGAAACCAUGGACUGGAUCAGGGCAUUGAUGCAACCAAUUCUUGAUCACUGGUGGCAAACAGAAACCGGCUGGCCUAUCACAUCUACCUGUUAUGGACUGGGCAUGAACCUUCAUCCACCAGCUGGUGUUGCAGGAAAACCAGUCCCAGGCUGGAAUGUUAAAGUUUUAAAUAGUCAAGGGAAGAAGACAGCACCUGGAGAACUUGGUGAAAUUUUUGUUAAACAGCCACUUCCACCUGGUAGUCUCUCAACAUUGUGGAAUGCAGAUGAACAGUUUGUCAAAACUUACUUCAGCAAAUUAGAUGGUUACUAUUCCACGAUGGACUCUGGUUGUUGUGAUGAGAAUGGCUACAUCUCUGUACUGUCACGCAGUGAUGACGUUAUUAAUGUGGCUGGUCACAGAUUGUCAGCAGGAGCUCUUGAAGAGGCCAUCUUGGAAUGUGAUGAUGUGGUUGAGGCAGCAGUGAUUGGAGUUCCUGAUAAACUCAAGGGACAAGUCCCGCUUGGGCUAUGUGUUAUAAAACAUGGAUCUUCAAAAGCCAUUGUAAAUGUUGUCAGACAAACGGUCGGCCCUGUAGCAGCCUUAAAACAAGUUUUGAUUGUACCAAAACUUCCCAAGACCCGCUCUGGGAAGAUAGCACGCAAGUCACUGGCAGCAAUGGCAGCAGGCAAAGUGCUUGAGAUACCCAGCUCUAUAGAGGAUUCAUCAGUGUUCCGAUGCUGGAAGAGAUCUUGGAGAAGGAAGGUUAUCUACCUUCUAAACCAAGCAACUAAGAUGCUAGCAACCAGCUUGUGCUAAUGAUCUGCAUUACAGUUACCAGUCUGUCUGGAGAGGAAACAGAUGUUUUAAGUGUUUUAAUGGUGUAUCUGUAUUUUCUUAUAUAUAGCAUUUUUAGUCUUUAAACUUGAAUGUGUCUGGGCAAAAUCUAAUACUUAAAGUUUACUACAAAAAGUGAAUGUUUGAGAGCUGCAUUAGAAAUAUGCAAUAUGAUUAUCAAUCUGAUCACUUCUGGAAUGUAAAAAUUGAUAUUUACCCUCUUCACAGCUGCCAAGAUUUAAUUUUUAUUUGGUGUAGGGGGUAUUUUUCUUAUGUUUAUCAUUGAAGUAUUUUUCAGGGUCCAAGCCAUCCAAAUAUACUUGACUCUCUUGCCAUAAGUCCAGAUGUUCAGUUGUGAUUAAAAAAUUUUUUAACCUCCCUCCACUCAAUUUUACUGGCUUUACUAGGUGUACAAAAUGCCCUGAUAGUGUUUGGUGAUUGCUAAUUCAUUGAUUAAAGAGCUAAAUUCCUUCAGUAGAAAAGUUAUGAAUAAAACUACUGGGGAGCCAAACUAAUAUAUUGGUGUUAAUGUGCCAUUGAUACAGUUAACAUUGAUGGCAGUUUCUUAUUUUUUCUCUUUCAGUGAGACAAAUAUGGCAAAUUUGCAACUUGAUUGACAGAUAGGGCAUAUAAUGGAGAGGCAUUGCUUGUGAAUUUGUGAUUUGUAUUGGGUUAAUUUGUGGCUAUAGACUGUUGUAUAUGUUGCAUGUUUGAUAAUUCACUGGGUAGUGAAUGAACCUAUGAAUGAAGGAAAGAAUCAGGAAUUGAAGAGUAUUGAAUUAGUUAAAGGUACUAAUUAUCUGGUUAUGGUACAAUAACUGAUUUGCCUUCUUUGGCUGUUACUUGAUAUAUUUUCUUCAGCUUUCUCUCAACUUAGGUCAGGCUUGGAUUGUUAACUGUGACAUCUCCAUUCUCUCUGUUGCAAUGCAUAAUUAUAGAACAAUCAACUUGAUACUUUACCAUGCAUAAAAUAUUAUAGAUUCGUGCUUUUUGAAUACUUUUGCUUGACAUAGAUUUAUGUUGGUUAUGAAAUGUUAUAAAAAUGUUGUAUUUUUUAAUAUUCUUAUUCUGAAAAUACUCUGUAGCUGAAACAGGUUUUUCAAACCAAUUUCUCGUCACUGAAAGAUACUGAUACUCUGGUGAAACAUAUCGGGGCACAUUUAUUCAUCGGACCACUUUUGGCCAGUUGGUUUUGGAUUCAGGGCAUAACUAUCAGAUUUUUCCAGUUGGUGUUAUCCAAAGCAAAUCUGUAUUUAUACUUCCAUCAUACAAGAAAAAUAAGCAUUCCUUUUUUAUUUCAGAAUGCUCGUCUUUUAUUGUGAAUAUUAUAUGAUAAUUAUUACUAUUUGUGCUCAUUUACUUCGUUAACAAGAACUUUUUUGUCUGUUGCUCAACUGGUGAUUUUUGGAUAUGAAUCUGGUUGUUUAACACAUUAAAGUGUUUAUGUUUGAGGAAUCUGAUACCUAGUUUCAACAAAUUUUGAAAAUACAUUUGAAAGAUUAUUAGAAUUAUUAUGUUUGUUAGAAACAUUACUGUUCCGUAACAGCUGUGAGUAGACUGUAAACUAGACAUCUCUAGUCUCCCCUUUGGAGACCGCCAUAACUCAGUUUGUACUCAUUGAAGCCUACAUCUUGAAAAUCAAUUUUUUUUUUUUACACAUCAUUGGAAUACAUCCCUUUGCUGAUGCGUUAGUAAAUUUAAAAGGAAAUUAAAGUCAGUUUAGAAUACAUUUUAGGAAAAUAUUGAUCUGCAGUACUCAUUCCUCUGCUACUGAUACAAAAGUAAGAUAAUUCAUGCAGAUAUUAAAACUUUUUUUAAGUGUGCAUUAUAUAUACAAUUUAUACUCUGUUUAAAAUCAAGGAUAUUAUAUACUCUUAAAAAAUUGUCCAUACUUUGACUUAUCUUGGCAGAGACAGAAAUGCUUGAAAUUUGGCAUGUAAUCCAUCAUACAGCAAUACUUCAGCCGAAUGUGAAUAUAACAGUCCACCACCCCACCAAGUGCAAUUAUUUGAUAUUGUAAAACUAAAACUUGAAUUAAAAAAUUAUUUGGACUGUAAGCAAAAUAUAAAGGGAAAGAUCUAUAUAACUGCAGUUCAAUAGUGCAUGAUUGUACUGUACCAUAAAAUCAAAGUUAUAUUUUCAGUAUUAGUCAAAAUUGUUAAUAUGCAAUGUCAAAAAGGAGGUGGGGGGAAUUGUAAUACACACAGCAAGCUCUGCUCACUUUACUCUGAACUUUAUUCCUCUUUGAGGUUAAAUAUUAGUUACCUGCCCAAUUUGGUUGUGCUGUAUGUUUUAGAAUGGGCUUGGUUUUGCUUUCCCGAACUAAGGUUUGAAAUUUUAUGCAUUAAAAGUUACAGAUUUUUUUCCUGCUUAUGAUAUUGAAUGAAAAGUCAAAGUAUUGCAUUGUCAUUGCAUUAUUUACUCAUUAUAAUUAAUCAUGGGUCCUUCAAAAGUUUUUCAGAAUUUCAUAUUGUUAGACCCAACAAGACUUAACACCCUACCACUACCACUUGUAAUUUGAGCCAUGCAAUUUCAAGAAUUAUGGGUCUGACUACUACAGUUAUAAUUGGAAAUGUCUUGCUAAAUGAGAUGUGCCUGGCAUGAUGAAUUUCUGUCUACACUCUGUUCAGGUUUGACCAUGAUCUGUUCAUGCUUGGCCAAGUUAUAUUUCUGUUCAUCUGGCCAUGCUGUCUCACUAUUCAAACUUGGAUAUAUACUGUCUCGGUGCCAGGCUGUCUUUUUGUGAUGCCAGACUGUACUCUUUUCAUGUGAAGCCAUAGAUAGGGUUCACAUGGUUCGUGAUCAGAUUGUGCCCCUGUUGCCUGGCGUUUUCAUGGAUUUUGAUAGCCUUACUUUUUGUUCAUACUAACCAUACAGUCUUUCUCAUGACUGGCUAACAUUGCCAAGUCAGAUUUCUAGAAUGUGAAAUGUAUUAAAUCACUUUUUAUUUGAUGUAUUACAUUGAUCAACAAACUAUUGCAAGUCCAAUUUUUAUCAAAUGUUACAACUGGUAGUCUUCUUCAGGUGGCACCUGUUGGGAGGGCCAGCUGCUUUGCCAUGAUAAAACCCAUAGUGACUGGCUAGGUGUAAAACACUUAUUUCACCCCACAAUAUCCCCAUUCUUACGUGUACUAAAGUGGCUUUCAAAUGUGUAUCCAAUUAUUAAGCAGUUAUACAGAAAAUGGUUUUUGUGUAUUUAGACAAGGUCUUUUUCUUUUAACCAUUUUUUCAUUAUGUUUUUGAUAAUAUAUACAUCAGGAUCUGCUAAUAAGCCGUCGUAGCUCCUUUCUGGCCAAGUAAAUGGGAACAGCUCUUCCAUCUAAUAGCAAUUACAGAUGAAAUUAAGAUGGCAUGUGCUCUUAUUGUGCUGCUGUGUUUUGCUCAAUAUGUCAUUUUAUAUGAAUUUUAUACAAAGAGAUACAAUGGAAAAUUUUGCUUUUAUUCUAUGUUGAGCAUUGCUCACUUGCCAUGAAACAGAUGACAGCAUCCCAUCUGGUUUGUUUUUGGCUCUACCUCUUCUUGUCUUUUGUAUUUAACAGCAUGCACCAGUUGUGUAAUGAGGAAAUACAGUGUAAUGAAGAAGCCCAAGAAACUGG